ACGCCAAGCUCGUGGACAUCAAUCUAGGGAAGCUCGGUCAGUUCACAAACAAGGAAGAGGAUUUCGAGAAGUGGAGCUUCAAGCUGAAGUCAGGACGACCAGAGACCGACGUGACCAACGAUCCUGACAUCGCCAGGUACGGCCUGGAAACGUUAUCGAAGAAACUCUACUUCGCGUUGAUGCUCGCGAAGUCGACAGCAGCAAAGAUCGUCAAGAACAUCUCGUCCAAGAACGGUUUCGAGGCAUACCGGCAACUCGUCAAACGAUAUGGCCCCCGCGGUGGAGACAAGACCGCGGCGCUGAUGGGCCAGAUCUUGGACUACACGCUCGGCGGGCCCAAGGACUUCCUCGACAACUUGGUUUCGUGGGAUGCACUGAUGGACCAGUGGGAGAUGGAAACAGUGGAAAGCCUUGCGGACAGCGUGAAGUGCUACGCUCAUCCUCAAGUCCCCGAAGAUCUUGAAGGACCAUCUGUGCUCGCCACAACGAAGGAACAGGACUACGCCAAACUCUGA